AUGAGCUCAGUGGAGGACGAGACCCCCCAGAAGCUCAAGCCCCAGAGCAGCAGGGGCAGGCGCAUCCCGUCCUUCAACGACUUCUGCGCGACCACCAUGGACGACGCCGAGACCCUGCUGUCCCUGACCAGCCAGGGCAGCUCCUCCUCCACCGCCUCCACGCCGCGCACCCCGGCCGGCGAGCGCGGCUUCGCGGCCACCUUUGCGCGCUCCCUCGAGGCAAGGGGAUCCGACUCUUACAACUUCGACAUAUCCUGCUGA